AAAUGUGCUCGAGUUCUACAGAUCUACGGAUCAAGGAGAAUACUUUUACCUCCGAUAGCAGCAUCCACUCUGAUGGCUUGGCCAAUGAAGUUAUAGACAACAUUUUGAAAGAGCAUCCAGGGCGAGGUAUUCACCAAGAGUCGUCUUCCCUGGCGCCCUCUUGCAGUUUCCCCUCCGAAAAGUCUAAGAAUAAAGUGGACCAUAGGCUUGAUUACUGGAAGAACAUGAUUAGACAGCGAUGGGCGUUGCAAGAGAGGCUACGAAGGCAGUUGGGUAGGAUUCCCGAACAGAUGAUACUCAAUUGUCAGGGAAAGGUAGUGAGCCAUUCAGUGAGAGGCCUUAUGGAGAUUGUAGGAAUACCCAGAUAUACAGCUGCUGAGUUGUUGGGAAGGGAAGGCUCCAGGAAUGGGGAGAAGGACGACGAUUGCUCCAAAGAGCCACCACCCAAAAUCUGUGACCUAGAGGUGUUGGGAAGAAAAUACGAGGACUGUCGUGAUGUUAUUCUCCGCCCAAUGGCAGCGAUCAAGGAGAGCUCCCCUGCGCUCUCAAGAUCAAGUGGAGGAGGCGAGGUCGUCCAACCGAUACAGUCGAUUCAACAAUCGGCGACCGGACCUGGCGUUCGUAUCAACGGAAUACAUUACUGGCCCCAUGUUCCGGAGUACUCGCCGACCGUGGACCGGACCUUCACCAGCCAUCCCUUCCAGCGGCACCUGCGCACCAUCGUUCGCAUCGAAAACUGCGGAAGCCAAGUGCUGCGUUUCUUCUGGAGACAGGUCAACUUCUUCUCUAACAACGAUACACUCAUGGAAGCCGACUCCGGGGACUUUGUAUUCGAUGUGGCCUCCUUCAUGCUUUUUCCGGGCGAGUCCCGGGAUGUUACAGUUCUGUACCAACCGCGGUAUGUGGCCAUAGUAAAACAGCGAUGGCUACUCCUGACGACACCCCGCAUCUUCUUCUGCCGUCCUUCGGGAUUCACGUUGAACCUGAAUGGCCGCUGUACCCCACCCAAGGAGUACUUGGAUCGCCUGAAAAUGGAGAAGCUCCAGGUGAUACUCCAUGAUCCACGGGUUCACCUGGAACAUAGGAAUCUUACCCUUUGUCCAUAUGAACGGGAGCUGGAACAGCGGGAGGCUUUUAACCGGCGGAACAGAAGCUUCCAGUGCCGCCGCCACGAAGACUUCGAGCGUCUUUUGGAGUUUUACAGGAGAAUAAAGUCUAUCCACUUAGUUUCCUUUAGUCCUUCCUGGGAUUACAGUGUCCACUCGCUCAUCCACUUGGUGUGUAAUGUCCAGGACCCUCGCCAACGGAUUGAGCACCUUUCGGAACUAACACAAUUGCUGGAUGGCUUGAGAGGAGCAUCGGCCUUGCCCCUUGGUAAUGUGGACACUCCUGAAAGAAUAAGGAAUCGCUGGCACACUAAGGCCAUCUAUGUGCGUGGAAUACUCGCCAGUAGGUUGGAUGAGUGGGAAGAGCAGGUGCAACUUCUUAGGUCAAGAGUCAGCAAAAGAGAAACCAAGGACAGCCUGCUUGAGGUUCACCACUUCUACCCUUCGAAGUACUUUGAGGACUCUAUCUACAUCCAGUUAUACAGACUCAUCUGCAGUGCGGCUGAGGACAUUGUGUCGGUGGUCGAGAGCACAGCUCAGAUCUAG